UCUAGUAGACGAGUCACAUGAAAGGUACUUUCCAUGUGUCGAUAACGGAGGACAAACAUGGCUGCCAUACGUUGUCGUUGGAUUUUGUUGCAGUCGGCUUUUGUAUGGUGUUCUCAAGCUGUCUUCAACCGACCGAACGAGAUCAAACUAGAGAAUAACGAGUACACAGACGUGUUGGUCGCCAUUCACAAGGACGUACCAGAAGACCAGCAGAUUGUGGACAGACUGAAGGAAAUUUUCAUCGAGGCGUCGCAAGACCUGUACGUCGCCACCAACAACCGUACAUUCUUCAAGGAGGUCAAGAUUCUCAUCCCGAACACCUGGACGAAGAAACCCGAGUACCUCCCAGCAGGGACUAAAACCUUUGAACGGGCUAACGUCAGGGUGGACCGGCCUAAUCCUCUUUACGUGGAUAACCCGUAUGUGCAACAGAAGGGAGGAUGUGGAGAACCGGGCGACUACAUGCACCUUACCCCUAAAUACGUCUUGGACAAGGAAUAUGGGGAAGAGUUGUGGGGCCCUCAUGGCAAAACAUUAGUCCACGAGUGGGGCCAUCUCCGCUGGGGCCUGUUUGACGAGUACGGGUUCGACGAUCCGUUGGGAGGGUCCUACCCACACUUCUAUGCCUCCACCACCUCCAUGCCGGCGAUCCAGCCGGUCAGAUGUUCCGCCUACACCGCCGGAAGUCCCAUGCACGCCGUCACACUAAACCGCUGCGAUUUGGACCGGGAAACCGGACUCCCCGAGGCCAACUGUCGCUUUGUUCCGGAUUUCAGAGGAAACCGAGCGACAGGGUCCUACAUGUUCAUGCAGUUCUUACCGCAGGUGACCGGUUUCUGCCACAGUGACCCGGAAGGAGACCCACUGUCCUACCACAACCGCGAGGCGCCCAACAAGCAGAACGUCAUGUGUAACGGCCAGAGCGCCUGGGACGUCAUGAACAAACACCAGGACUUCGACAGUGGUGCUAACCCUCCUAGAUCAGGAGAAAGGAUCCGCCUGCUUAAUCAGGUCGCGACCAGGUUCAUCCGCAACACAGUGUCAUUGGGUACCUCGGUGGGUGUGGUCACCUUUUCCAGCACAGCUUCGAUAAGACACCCGGUAGUGAGUGUCAACUCUGAGGCUGUCCGCAAUGAUCUAAUUGCCGCAGUUCCGACCAGCACAGGUGGUGGCACGUGUAUCGGGUGUGGUCUUCGCAAAGGGAUCGAGGCAUUGGAGACCACAGGGCCGCCGCAUGGAAGCGUCAUUCUCCUCCUUACUGAUGGAGGGGACAGUCGCCCAUAUGUCAGUGAAGUGCUACCGGACCUUCUGACAAAGGAAAUCAUCGUCGACACGGUCGCUAUCAGUCAAAACGCCGACGACAGACUGGAGAGCCUGGCCGAGGGGACAGGGGGACUGUCGUUCUUCUCCGGGAAUGGCGACUCCAUAGCCCUGGACAACGCUUUCACCGCAACGUUUGAAGAAAAUGCUGAAAGCAAGGGAGUCAAUCUCCUAAGCGAAGAGCAGACCAUCAGUGGUCGACAGACCUACGCCAACCACCUUUACGUGGACAACAGUGUAGGAGAGAACACCACUUUUUCCUUCUCCUGGCUUGACGGAAGCCGUCCUACGGUUAUGAUGGUGACGCCGCUAGGCCUUGUCAUCACCGAAGGGCACUCGAUGUAUGACGUCACUUCGGACACCAUCACCAUUGCGAUACCGGCUACCGCAACUCCGGGGAAAUGGACCUACAACAUAACUAACAAUGGCCCUGGUAACCAGGAUAUCACCAUCAUUGCCACAUCAAACCCCGUCAACAACAACGAACCCAUCACGGUGACGGCACAGGUCAGUACUGUGUCCCUGGACUACUCCUCUUCUCGGCCCACGGCGCUGAAGAUGUUCGCUUCGGUACGGAAGGGUUAUCUGCCAGUCCUUGGAGCUGCUGUGAAGGUUCUCAUCAAGAAACCCGAUGGUCAGGUAGAAGAGAUCACGCUCCUGGACAACGGUGCAGGUGCUGACGUAACGAAGAAUGACGGAAUUUACUCCCGAUACUUCUACAACUUCACCGCGGACGGACGUUAUGGCGUCUCGGUCAGGGCAGACAACACUCAGGGGCGAGCGGAAUACAUCGUCAUCAACAAUACCCGUGGCACUGGUGCACUGCCGAUGGAUCCGGGUACUGCGUAUGUCAACGGGAGCAACGUUCAGCGAGAACCAUUGGAGCAGUUCCAGAGGAUGACAACAGGCGGCGUUUUUGAAGUACGAGGGGUUCCCAGCGGCGGUGCCAAUACUGACAUGCUGCCGCCGUCCCGGGUGGAUGACCUGAAGGUGGUGGAAGUUUCCUACGGCAACAGCACCGUGACGCUGAGUUGGACAGCACAGGGUGACGACUUCGAUCAGGGAGGCCCAGCCCGCUACGUUGAGAUCCGUUACGGUCGCCAUUUUGAACAACUUCUGGACAACUUUACCAGCUCAGCUUCAGUUAACCAUUCGCAAGUGCUGCAGGGAAGCCUGACGUCACCACCGGAACCCGGCUCCGCCCAGACCAUCGUCAUCCUCGUGCCAGACCGAGGCGACAACGUCACAUUCGUCUUCGCCGUGCGCACCUGCGACGAAGCCGACAACUGCGGAGAUCGCUCCAACAUCGUGUCGGCAAAUCUCGAGUACAUCGAUGUCCCCAGCCCCGAGCCGAUGACAGUAAAUGACACGACACCAUUGACCAACAGCACCGAAUUAGUGACAGUAAACUACACGACCCCAUUGGCUACCAGUGCCGAGCCGGUCAAAGUAAUCGACGCGACACGAUUGGCCACCAUUGUUGGCUCUGUGGUUGGCUCCAUACUUGCUUUGGUCAUCGUGGCUUUGGCGCUUUGUUACUGCAAGAGGUCUAGGUCGGCAAAAUAUUCCCUGUCAGCGUCGGGUAGGGUCAAUCCGACUUAUGCCGUGUAGGUCUGUUUUACUACCUUUACCGAGAAGGUUGUGCUUUGGUCCUGUGCGUGUCUGUGUAUGGUCUGAAAAGGUAAUAACUUCACAUAGAGAAUCUCGGAAAUGUAAAGGGCUAAUAUUAACACCCUCAAAGCGCCACCAAAUCAGGUAUAUUCUAAAGCUGUCUUUAUCAAAGCGUAUCACC